AUGGCGUCGACCACCGCUGCCCAGCAAAUCAAUGUAACAGACUUGGAUCUUCCACAACUCGCAGAUGUGCGACGGCAACUCGAGGAGGAGCUCACGCACCUCACGAACUCUUUCACGCAACUGAGGCAGGCGCAGGCGAAGUUCAAGGCAUGCAUGGAUAACGUGAAACAGGUAACUCCUGAGAGGAAGGACAAGACCAUCCUUGUGCCCUUAACAAAUUCGCUCUAUGUCUCGGGGAAGCUCUGCGACACGGAGAACGUGAUGGUCGAUGUUGGGACCGGGUACUACGUGAAGAAGACUCGGGCACAGGCGGUGAAACACUACGAGGCCAAGGUGGACUACAUCCGCACAAACCUCGAGGCCCUGCAAGACACGAUAUCCAAAAAGCAGGACAACAUGAACUACCUCAUCAAUGUUAUGCAGAUGAAACUACAAGAGCAGGCAGCUCCGAAGGGAUCGAAGGGGUGA